UCAAUUAUUUCAGUACCAUGAGUUUCCAUAUCUUAGUUUACAUCUGUAACAAUGAGAAAACCAGCAGCUUUUAUACUGUACAUACAAAAUAUACUGUAGAUUUGUAAUUUUUUUAGUAAAAUUCACAGCUUUGCGACAGAACCACCAGCUGUUAACAAAGAUGGCAACUACAGCCAAGUGCCUAGUAGACUUUAUACGGGGGACACAGAAAUAAAAUUUCCAUUAAAGUGCUGAAGUGGGGUUAUUUCAAACGCUGUCAAAAGCAAAAAUUUACCUCCAGUUGUGGCAGCUCUUUAUCCUCAGCUAGUACUUGUCUCCUCUGUAAUAAUACUGGAAAUCUUGAACUCUCAAAGUUGCUUCAUUUUUUUCUGCUAAUUUAUAUUCCAAAGUUGCUAUCUUUGUACUUACUUCGGUAAUUCUUGAUUUUCUUGCUGUGUAUUUGAGCUUAUUUUCCAGGUUUGUGACUUGGUAAAUCUUUAUUCUUGACUAUUUUAGAAGAGUGAUAAGGUGGGUACGUGGCAAAUUGAUGGCUGAAACUGGAUUAAAAUUGGAUGGUUUGAGAAAAUAUAGAGUUGCUGUGAGUGGUUUGGUUGUUCUAGCUUUAAUUAUGGUUGCUUCUGGAGAGCAAAUUACACAUAAGAACUCUUUGAACAACAAUGGAACAACUCAUAUCAUUGAGUCAAAUUACUUAUUUGAACUGUUCAAUCUUCUUGGGAAAAGGAGUGAAUUUCAUUACCACCAUGUUUGGCCUGAACUGGAAUUUGGGUGGAGCGUGAUUGUUGGUUCAGUAAUUGGAUUCUUGGGUGCUGCUUUUGGGAGUGUAGGAGGUGUCGGGGGAGGCGGUAUCUUUGUCCCCAUGCUUACUUUGAUCAUUGGAUUUGAUCCAAAAACAUCAACUGCGAUAUCAAAAUGUAUGAUCACUGGUGCAGCGGGUGCAACUGUCUACUACAGUCUUAAGCUGAGGCAUCCAUUGCUUGACCUGCCCAUUAUUGAUUAUGAUCUAGCUCUUCUUUUCCAACCAAUGUUGUUGUUAGGGAUCAGUAUUGGAGUUGUACUAAAUGUACUUUUUGCUGAGUGGAUGGUUACAAUCUUAUUGAUCAUUCUUUUCUUAGUUGCUUCAAUCAAGGCAUUCUUCAAGGGAUUCGAGACAUGGAAGAAAGAAACUAUUAUUAAAGAGGAAGCAGUAAGGCGCUUGACAUCUAAUGAUGCUGGCGGUGAAGAAGUUGCAUACAAGCUUAUACCUGGAGGUCCAAAAAAUGAUUCUACUUUUACAAAUGAAGUUUAUAAAGCAAAGGAGGUCUCAAUUUUUGACAAUAUGUACUGGAAGGAUACGGCCAUACUUAUUGCUGUCUGGAUCAUAAUCCUAUUUCUGCAUGUCUCCAAGAAUUACGCCCCAACUUGUUCAACAGCAUAUUGGAUCUUAAACCUCUUGCAGCUCCCCAUCGCUGUUGGAGCUUCUGCAUAUGAAGCUGUUUGCUUGUACAAGGGAUCAAGGGUGGUUCUCUCAAGUGGAGAAGCAGUAACAACGUGGAAAGUGCAUCAGUUGAUUCUUUAUUGUUUCUGUGGCAUUUUGGCUGGUAUAGUUGGUGGUCUGCUAGGUCUUGGUGGUGGAUUCAUUUUGGGUCCAUUGUUUUUGGAGCUAGGGAUUCCUCCUCAGGUAUCGAGUGCUACUGCUGCUUUUGUGAUGAUAUUUUCCUCCUCCAUGUCCGUCAUACAAUAUUACUUGCUAGGACGUUUUCCAGUUCCAUAUGCACUGUAUUUUAUUGCUGUGGCCAUUGUUGCAGCCUUAGUUGGACAGCAUGUUGUACGAAGAAUAAUUAGCAUUGUUGGUAGAGCAUCUGUGAUCAUCUUCAUUUUGGCGCUCACAAUCUUUGUGAGCGCGAUAUCAUUAGGUGGAUUUGGUAUAGCAGACACAAUUAAAAAGAUCGAGGAAGGACACCAUAUGGGGUUUGAUAAUAUCUGUGCAUAUAAUGUUUAGGAAAAAAUUUAUAUUCCACUCUUGAUGUUAGGUGAAUUCAUGUAUUUGGUCAUUAUGUUUUUCGGCCUCAGCAAAAUCAGCUUAGGCAUUAUAUGUAGUAUAAAUAUAAAUUCAUUUGGUAUUUGAUGUGGACACGACUUAAAAUUGAUUGUUAACAUUGAUGGAGCCGAUUUGCCGGUCUUUGUAAAAA